AAAGAAAGAAGACAGGCGCAGGCUGGUGGUCAAAACAACGGUAACCAAGAGCAAAUUCAGGAAGAAAACAAAUAACGCACAGGAUGUUGGUCAAAACAACGGUAACCAAGAGCCACUUCAGAAAGCAAAACGAAAGGCAGAGACCAGUGAUCAAGUUAACAACCAGGAGCAACCUCAGGAAGAAAUAAAGAAGGCACAGGCUGAUGGUCGAAUAAACAACAACAAGGAGGAGGAACUUCAGGAACAAGGACAAAAGGCAGAGACUGGUGGUCAAAUGAGCAACAACCAGGAGCAACUCCAGAAAGAAAAAAGAAAGGCAGAGGCUGGCGGCCAAAAUAACGGUAACCAAGAGAAAAUUCAGGAACAAGGAGAAAAAGCACAGGCUGAUGGUCAAGUGAGCAACAAACAGGAGCAGCUUCAGAAACAAGGAGAAAAGGCACAGGCUGAUGAUCAAAUGAGCAACAAACAGGAACAAGGAGAAAAGGCACAGGCUGGUGAACAAACGAACAACAAUGGCAACCAAGAGCAACCCCAAGAAGAAAAAAAUCAAGACGCACAGGCUGAUGGUCAAAAAAAUAUAACAGUAACCAAGAGCACCUCAAGAAGAAUAACUACAAAGGAAAACACACAGGCUGAUGGUCAAAUAAACUUCAACAGCAACCAAGGGCAGCUUCGAGAAGAAGUUAGUGCGACAGGAAAUACACAGACUGAUGGCCAAAUCAACAGCAACCAGGAACAACUCCGAGAAGAUAAAAUCAAGAAAAGGGGCACACAGGCUGAUGGUCAAAUAAACAACGACGCCAACCAAGAGCAUUCUCGAGAAGAAGUAACUACGAAAGUAAACACACAGGCUGAUAGCCAAAUCAACAGCAACCAGGAGCAACCCCGAGAAGAUAGAAUCAAGAAAAGGGACGUACAAGCUGAUGGUCAAAUAAACACUAAUGGUAACCAGGAGCAACCCCGAGAAGAUAGAAUUAAAAAAAGGGACGUACAGGCUGAUGGUCAAAUAAACAAUAAUUGUAACCAUGAGCCACUCCAAGAUGAAAUGAUUAGAAAAAGGGAAGCACAGGCUGAUGGGACGCAACAGGCCGAUGGUCAAAUAAACAACAAUGGUAACCAAGAGCAACUCCAAGUUGAAAUAAUCAGAAAAAGGGACGCACAGGCUGAAGGCCAAAUAAACACCAAUGGCAACCAAGAGCAACCCCGAGAAGAUAGAAUCAAGAAGAGGGACGUACAGGCUAAUGACCAAAUUAACAAUAAUGGCAACCAGGAGCAACUCCGAGAAGAAAAAGGAAGUGAUAUGCCAAAGGAAGCAUUUUGUUUUGGAAGUGAAGGCGAAAACAAUGGACCAACAGAUGAAUCAAAUCCUCAGAAUAUUCCCUUCGCAGUGAUGGAGAAGAUGAGAUUUAUGGAAAGAAUGAGGGACGAUUUAAGAAAACAAAAUCUUAAUCCGGAAGACCACACCUAUGAUCAACCUUUGAUGCCCGAUGAUGAAAAUAUGGAAUACGGUGGCCGAGAAACCCGAAUGGUUCCCCGAAGAAAACACUUUUGGCCGAGUCCCCAACAAAGGAUGAUUCGCAGACGAAACACCAGGCCGCCCUUAGUGGUUGUAGAUAAUGUUAGGCCCAGGGAAAGGGAAAUGGCAGUCGUUUUACCAACAGCUUCAUUUGAUAUUGUACGAGAAGUCCCUUCAAAUUUACCAGAAGUCACCGUCAACAAACUAACUGCCCCGAACAACGACCAAGCUACAUUUGAAAUUGCACAAGAAGUUCCUUCAAAUUUACAAGAAAUGGCUGUCAACAAGUUAACUGUUCCGAGCAACAAUCAAGAUGCCGAUUCGCAAUACAAUACACUUGGUUCGAUUUUGGAAGCUCAGAAAAUAGAUGAACAAGGAAUCAUUACACCUUUGAAAGUUAUCACCGAAGCCCCGGUGCAGCCUGGAUCACCCGAAGAAUUGGCUUUCAAGAUGGACAUUAGUCAAUUCUACAAAAAAUUCAUGAAGAAAAGUGAGAAUGCAGAGAUUGAUCAACCCACCACAGAGUCUACAGGAUUAGACGGUGAAAAACCAAAAGAUGUAGGUCAAGUCAUUUUGGAUGGAUAUGCACAAGUUCAUGAGAAACCCGAAACUAAACCUGAAGCUAGGGAAGGAGUUCAAAGAUUCAUCAGGGCAUUGGUUAGGAGAUGCACAUACCACGGCGACCAGUGCUUCGACAACCAGUGUCCAGGCAGACUUACAUCAAUGCUGGUUGCUGCAGCAAAACUAAACGAGGAAAAAAUGCGACAGGAUGCAGAAAAUGAAGAUAUGACUACUUCUGCAACCACGGUUGCAACGGUUCUGGCGCAGGCUGUCCACGAGGCCGACAAGGAACACGGUGGCCAGGCUGAUGACAAGAGGCGCGAAAUGACCAAACAGUUCCUCAUCUCCCGCAUCAUGGAAAUGCUCAUGGACGAGUUUUCUGCUGCCAAAGCCGAUCAAGCAUCCAAAGACAAACAAUCUGGAUCUGAUCAAUCCCAAAUAGGACACUUGAGUUUCGAUCCAGAUUCACCAGCCGUCCAGGAGGCUGUCGCCUUGGCAGCGUUCAGAGGCCAUCCUUCUUUCAAUCGAGAAAUGUUCUUUAGAAAAAUGUUAUUUGCAGUACGCAGACCACCAAUUGACCCGGCACAAGAGGAUAAAAAAGAUGGUGAACUUGCAAAGGAUGAACCUCCAAAAUCUGAUGAGGAUGACGAUAUUUUUGGUGGUGGCGUUGAAGUCAUAACUCAGGAAACUACACCUUCGGAUAGCAACGCGUUCGUGCACAUCAAUAUUCAAACUUUUGGAGAUAAUCUUCAGAGCACCCCAAAAACCGAAACAGAAGAGCCCUAUGAACCAAUAUUUGACGAAAUACCUAGCCAAGGUGUUUUGAGGAAUUCAGAAGUUGAGAAAGAACAGAGUGGAUAUCCUGAUGUGCAUGAUGGAGAAUCUGACUUGGUUUGCAUUGCUGAUGACAAUGACAGGAUAAAGCUGAGAAUUGUGCUUCUGAUCAACCACAAAGUCGUGUUUUGGAGAUUGUUAUCACUCCUAAAAAUACCGAAGGAGACAGUAGCAGAAAUCACACCAAGCACCCCAGAGCCAUCUUCACCUUCAACUGAACAAUCCACAUCCGAUGCAACAACCUUCACCACAUCCCAAAACCAGAUCAUAACCGACGAAGCCACCGAAAAUGAAAUGUCUGAUCAACAAUUUUUCCAAGACCAGCAAAACCAAGAAAAUCAAGAUACCUUGCCUCAAUUUGUCCUAGUUGCCAACAUUCAAGAAGCUGAUGACCCUAAUGUUGCAAAAAUAAAACAAACUUUGGAAAAUUUGAUGAAGUCUGCCGAUGAUAGUAAAGCUGAAGUUGAAGCAGAUGUAGUAAAGAAGCACCUGGAAAAGAUGAUGUGGAACUUGCUAAAGAUGUAA